UUAAAAACACCCGCCCAAACGGAUAAUACUUUUUUUGAGCUCUUCGCCGUAGCCAUCCAUGGCUUUCUCUUUGUUCACUACAACUGCAUCAACUUUCUCUCCUCACUGCCAAGCACGACCCAAUACCAAUCCCAGUCGCAAUAGAACCAAUCCAAAGCGCGUGUCUACGAACACAACCAGAAGAAGGCAAAAUCCCAACCGCCGUCAGCUCAAAUCCGGCGAGUUUAGGCCGCCCCCGCCAAUUACCACCGCCGCCGGUAAUACUGCCACCACCUACACUCGCCUACCCCCCAAAGAUGAUUUUGUUCUUCCACCCCUUCACAGUUCAGCUGAAAUUACGCUAUCUGAAUCAACUAUCUCCUCCACCCCAGCUAAGAAUCUUCACCAAAAAAUAAAGGAUUCGGUUGAUGAUGUUGAAAAUUCGGAGAAUUUAAAGUUUGAUUAUGGGAAAUUCGAGCUGUACGAGGUUAAUGAUGAUGAUUUUGAGGAUGAUUCUGAUGAAGAUGAUGAUGUGGGUGGUGAAAUGGAAGGUUCUAGAAGUGGGGUGUUUGAGGGUAGUGGGAAAUUCGAGUUGUACGAGGUUAAUGAUGAUUUUGAUGAUGUGGAUAGUGAAAUGGAAGGUUCUAUUUUUGAGGGUGGUGAUGUGUUUGAAGGGGAGGGGAGUGAUAUAAUGGAGAAAGAGAAAGGGGUUCCAGCAGUAAUGAGGUGUUUCGAUAGGGCGAAAAUAUUUGUAAAAGCAGGGGAUGGAGGGAAUGGGGUGGUGGCAUUUAGGAGGGAGAAGUUUGUGCCAUUGGGCGGACCAUCUGGUGGUGAUGGAGGGAGGGGUGGGAAUGUGUAUGUGGAGGUAGACGGGUCGAUGAAUUCGUUGUUGCCAUUUAGGAAAAGUGUGCAUCUUAAAGCUGGGAGAGGAGGGCAUGGUCAUGGAAAGAAACAAUUCGGUGCGAAAGGUGAGGAUGUGGUGGUGAAUGUGCCACCUGGUACGGUUCUUAGGAAGGCUGGGGAGGGUGGAAUUCAAGGGGAUGUACUUUUCGAAUUGUUGCAUCCGGGACAGAGGGCGUUGCUGCUGCCCGGUGGAAGAGGUGGGAGAGGGAAUGCCUCUUUUAAGACAGGGUCGAAUAGGGUGCCCAAGAUCGCAGAGAAUGGUGAAGAAGGUGCAGAGAUGUGGUUAGAAUUGGAGCUUAAGUUGGUCGCUGAUGUCGGUAUAGUAGGAGCUCCAAAUGCAGGGAAGAGUACAUUUCUCAGUGUUAUAAGUGCUGCUCAGCCAGCUAUUGCGAAUUACCCCUUUACCACUUUGCUACCAAAUUUGGGCGUAGUUUCAUUUGAUUAUGAUGCUACUGUGGUCGUUGCUGAUCUGCCUGGUCUACUUGAAGGGGCACACCGAGGUUUUGGUUUAGGCCAUGAGUUUCUUCGGCACUCAGAAAGAUGUUCAGUCCUGGUGCACGUGGUUGAUGGUUCAUCUCCACAACCGGAAUAUGAAUAUGAAGCUGUUCGUCUUGAAUUGGAAAUGUUUAGUCCUGAACUUGCUGAAAAGCCCUUUUUAGUGGCUUACAACAAAAUGGACCUUCCAGACGCAUAUGAGAAUUGGAAGACAUUCAGAGACAGUUUGAGAUCUCGUGGGAUUGAACCCUUUUGCAUGAGUGCAGUGAAAAGAGAGGGUACGCAUGAAGUUAUUUGUGCUGCUUAUGAGCUUGUUCGAAGAAAAAGAGAAGCUGCUAAAGAAGAAGUGAGAAUGGACCCAGUAAAUUUGAACUAUGUUGCUGACAUGGUGAAAAAGCAGCGAGCUGCUCCCAUAAGCGAGUUCGAAAUCACCCAUGAUAGUUCUUGCAAAACUUGGUAUGUUCAAGGAUCAGGCCUGCAACGUUUCGUCCAAAUGACAAACUGGAGAUAUAUGGACUCAGACAGAAGAUUUCAACAUGUUCUAGAGGCAUGUGGUGUGAAUAAAUCUCUGCUCAAGCUUGGCGUAAAAGAAGGUGACACCGUCGUCGUUGGAGAUAUGGAGUUGGUAUGGCAUGAUUCUGAUAAUUCAGGCCCUACAAGUCGGAAGAAGUGGGCCGCAGGACCAAGUCAAUAAUCUCAUUGUUGCUCUUUACGUGAGCCUUUCGCAUAUGCUGCUAAUCAAUAAAUCGUACAUACGACUAAACAUCCUUGAUGUGGCAUUUCCAAGAACUUAAACAAGUUCUGCUGAAAAUCGUCGUGUAUUAUACAUCUACACCGUGCACAAGACAUGUUCAUACUCUGCAAGUUGUGGAUAAUGUAAUUGUGCCUUCAACUUAGCAGAGUGUUUCCAAUCAAAAUACCUUACAGAGCUGCAAGAGGUAAGGGGCCGGAAAAUAUGGUUUCACCCAAGAACAUCUUGGUCUCAUGCCAGAAUAAUGCAGCCUCUUCUUUCUGGUGCAAUGUACACUAUCCUCAUUAGUUAAUUUAUGAUAGUGACGGUAGAGUUAUGUGAAAUCUUAUAUUUUUGUCCAUUUAGAAACAUGGUCCUGGUUAGUAAGGAUUUAUAUAGUCAACCCUAACUUGUUUGGGACUGAGGCAUAGCUAUUGUUGUUGUUACAUCUUAAAGUUUCAGAUGACUAUAUGACUGAGGCAUAAUUGUUGUUACAUCUUUGAUUUUCAAAUGACAUAUAAAUAAGUUGAUCAUA